AUGACAUCUCGAUAUUGUCUAGUGCUUCUCUCACUCGCUGUGCUGAGCUCCACAUCAACAGUCAAAUUAGAUAUUCGUCAGGAUAUUGACUCUCGAAAUGCUCAACUUCAGCGCAGGGCCGAGCAUAACCUUUCUAAACGUGGUGGUCCAACCUUGACUGCAUCGGCAGAAAAUCUACUCACACGUGGACUCUACUUUACUAAUGUAACGAUUGGAACACCACCCCAGAAUCUAGCAUUACAGAUUGACACAGGAAGCUCUGAUACUUGGGCGCCUAGUAGCAUCUCAUCACUUUGUGAACAUUCAAAAAAAGAUUGCUCUACUGGGAGUUAUCUACCGUCUCAGUCUAGUUCAUUCCAAGUAGUUGGUCCCGAUGAAUUUAACAUAUCUUACGUGGACGGAACCGGCGCAAAGGGUGAUUAUUUUCAGGAUAACUUCAGCGUUGGCGGUGCCACACUCUCUCAGUUUGAAAUGGGUCUCGCACGAGAUACAACUAUUGGAACUGGUAUCAUGGGAAUCGGCUACAAUAAUUCUGAAGCCAACGUAAAUGUACGGAAUGGUGGAAAUGGAACAAUUUAUCAGAACUUGCCCAUCGCUAUGGUCAACCAGAACAAAAUAAAUUCCGCAGCAUAUAGCUUGUGGCUCAACGACCUACAAUCAAGCUCUGGAUCUAUCCUUUUUGGAGGCAUUGAUACUGCAAAGUACAAUGGAGACUUAAUAUCUGUCGACGUAUAUCCAACUUCUCAUCGACUUGGAGUUACCUCGUUCACAGUAGCAUUUACAUCUCUUUCAGCAACCUCAUCAUCGGGAACAGAUCAACUAACCCCUCCCGACUAUGCCGUUGCUGCAAUCCUUGAUUCUGGGACGACAAUCACCCUGCUUCCCGAUGAUAUAGCUGCCCUAGUCUAUGAAGAACUUGGUGCUAUACCGGAACCUGAAAUAGGUGCCGUUGUUGUGCCUUGCGCUCUUGCACAAGCUUCUGGCACUCUUAACUAUGGGUUUGGAGGCCCUGGUGGACCCAUCAUCAAAGUAGAGGUUUCAGAUCUUGUCUUGCCUCUAACCGAUUCCAAAGGGCGUGGUACAACAUUUAAGAAUGGCCAACCUGCGUGCCAACUUGGUAUCCAAGCCGCUGGCUCCUUACCUGUGCUUUUCGGAGAUACAUUCCUCCGCUCCGCCUACACUGUCUACGAUUUGAUCAAUAAUCGCAUUGCCUUAGCUCAAACAAACUUCAACGCCACUGGUAGUAACGUUGUUCCAUUUCCUAGUUUUGGUGCUCCCAUUCCAAAUGCCAGAACCGCUCAAAAUGAAGCCCAAGUUACUCAAACUGCCAGCAGUAUUCCUAGACCAGAUACUACAGAUUCUAUGAUAAUAUCGGCACAGCCCACUGCUGCCACUACUACCGACCUAAACGCGAGUGGUGGGUUUGAAUCAGCUGCCACAUCAACUGGAAGUGCCUCGAAGAAGCACAGUUCUGCGACUGCUAGACCAAAUCCAACCGCUUGGAUCUGGUUAGUGAUUGGUGUUCUAAAUAUAUCUCUCAUGGGUGCCGGAAGUACGAUACUCUUUUUGUAA